AUGAGUCAAGGAGAAGAGGUAAUAGAACAUCUUCCAAGGAAGGUGCGUCGGUUCUGGAAGAAGCAGGAUGUUGAGCUGGUUUCUAAUUCUAGUUUUAUGUUAGAAAACGAGGGCGCAGGUAGGUCAGGUUCUUGGGAGAAUAAACUCAAGAGGGCUGCUUUAAAAUACUUGAAGUUUGUGGGGCCAGGGUUAAUGAUUUCGGUUGCAUAUAUGGAUCCUGGGAACUAUGCUACAGGUGUCAGUGCGGGUGCUAGUAAUCAAUUUGCUUUACUGUACGUUGUCUUGUAUUCGGGACUAAUAGCUGUAUUUCUGCAAAGUUUAUGUGUUAAAUUGGGAACGGUUACUGGUUUAGAUCUUUCUAGGGCGUGCAGGGAGUUUCUUCCCCAGUGGAUAAAUCUGUGCAUUUACUUGUUUGCGGAGGCUGCGAUUAUUGCCACUGAUGUGGCGGAAGUUAUUGGUGGUGCUGUGGCUCUCAAUAUCCUGAUGAAGAUCCCACUGCCGGCUGGAAUCUGCAUCACUUGUGCUGAUGUGUUUUUGGUUUUGCUAGCAUACGGUGUCAGCUCAUCAUCCAUGCGUCUAGUGCGGAUUUUUGAGAUGUGUGUUGCAAUGUUGGUGUUCGCAGUGACUAUAUGCUUGUGUGUUGAAUUAGCAUACAUACCAUCUGGCACUUCGGUUAGUAAGGUACUAAGAGGCUUUCUGCCCUCAAAGGAGGCUUUCGAAAAUGGUGGAAUGUACACGGCAACUGCAAUUUUAGGUGCUACUGUGAUGCCCCAUUCUCUAUUUUUGGGAUCGGGUAUUGUGCAACCAAGGCUAUUGGAAUACGAUGUUAAACACGGCCAUUAUAGUAUGGAUUUAAGCAGUGAUGAUGGAAGUACAAAUGAGAAAAAGAAGGAUACAUCCUUAGAAAGGGAUGCCAAGUAUCUCAACUACAGACCCACGAUACAUGCAAUCAGAUAUGCAAUGAAGUACUCGAUAAUAGAGGUUGCGAUUACUUUGGUCACCUUUGCAUUGUUUGUUAACUGUGCCAUUUUAAUUAUUGCCGGUGCCUCUUUGUAUGGUACUGAGGAAGCUCUUGAUGCAGAUUUGUAUACCAUUCAUGCACUACUUUCAAAGUCACUUACACCAGCAGCAGGUACAAUAUUUAUGUUAGCAUUACUCUUUUCAGGCCAAUCGGCUGGUAUAGUGUGUACUAUUGCUGGUCAAAUAGUAUGUGAAGGGCACAUAAAAUGGACUAUUACUCCGUGGAAAAGAAGAGUAUUAACUAGAGGAAUAGCAAUCAUCCCUUGCUUAAUUAUUUCACUAUCUGUGGGUAAAACUGGGUUAUCAAUGGCUCUUAAUGCAUCACAGGUUGUCUUGUCUAUUCUUCUACCUUUUCUAACUGCGCCGCUAAUUUAUUUUACAUCCAAGAAAUCUAUCAUGAGAGUGCGAUGCGAUAGUUUGGAACAUGAGACUGAUGAUGAAGAUGAAGAUGAAGAUGAAGAGGAUCAUGAAAGUCAGGUGAUAAGGAAAUGUGUUGAUAUGUCUAAUAGUUGGAUGACGACAACAGUGGCUGUCGCGAUCUGGAUUUUUAUAUCAGUGUUGAACGUCUACUCAAUUGUCCAAUUGGGGGUCGCGCACGGCAGCUUGAAUUAA